ACACGGCGGCCUGCGGAGACUUGUGGGAUGCUGGCGGAAUGUCUGAGGCGGAGACUCCGAGGAUCCAGGUGUCGGGACAGAAAUCUCAGCUCGACCGGCCCGUUAUCACCCUGCUAGAGUAACACAUCAGCCUUAACUGGCGUCGAGCCGUUUAGUAUUUAAGCUGAGAGGGUGACCUGUGCACUCUCUGCAGUCUAGCUGUCGCCUUUCAUUCACUCUUCGUCCUCUUUACGGAAGUUAACCAGCCUCAGUAGUUUGCUUUUGUGGGUUUUCUUAUUUUUUUAUUAAUAGAUACAAAAAUGAAGUUUCGGAGUUGGAUUCUUAUAGUCUUACUCGCUGCCUUGACAUUCGCUGCAGCUGAGGACAGCGAGACGGAGAAAGAUGUGGAGGAGUUGGUGGUGGAAACCCUGGCAAAGCCAGAAACGUGUACAGUAACGUCAGUGAUGGGAGACACGCUUCGGAUCCAUUACACGGGGCGUCUGCUGGAUGGGAAGGUGAUAGACUCCUCUCUGUCCCGUGAGCCUCUAGUUGUAGAGCUGGGGAAGAGGACAGUCAUCUCAGGCCUUGAGCAAGCCCUGCUUGGUGUCUGUGAAGGACAAAAAAUCAAGGCCACCAUUCCAGCACAUCUAGCAUAUGGAAAGAGAGGAUACCCUCCAACUAUUCCAGGGGAUGCUGCUCUGGAGUUUGAGGUGGAGGUGGUCUCCCUUGUGCAGCAGACUCCCUGGCAGAAGUUGGUCAAUGACGUAUUUCCUCUUGUAUGCCUAGCACUGGUGCCCACUUUACUGGGACUGGUGGGUCUCUACCUCUACAAGAAGUCCACUGCACAGCCCCAAGGCAAGAAGAAGAACAAGGACAAGAAGAGCAAAAAGAAAUGAGAAGGACGUGAAAGGAAAAAUAAACUAUUUAAAUAAAAAAAUGAGAAAAAUGUGAUAAAAAGGUGUCUGGAGGUCUUUGUGGAAGAAUUGCCUUUGUGUUUAUUUGUUAUUUACCUUGUUUACUUGAUAUCACAGAGUGAGAUUACAGUAAAAUAAGGGCAUAUGUUUACAUCUUAUAGCUGGACAAGUGUUUUGAGCAAGGAGAAU